AUGAAACGAACCGACACGUUCGAUGUGGAAAAGGUCUAUUCGCAGUUGGUUUUGGGUGAAAAUUCGGCAGUUGUCGGGUUUAUCCAUGGAAAUGGAGAUGAUAACCUUACACAGUUACUGGCUAGGUUGGAGACUGAGUACGCGGGGAACGCUAUAUGGACGCAUGAACAAGACAUAGACUUGCGAAUUAUGAUUCGAACUAUGUGA